AUGUGGUUUGUGGGGCCUGACCCGGGUGCAGCCAGGCCCUGCUCCCUGUUCCUGGGGACCCCAGGACCUCUGGUGUUCUCCGGCUCCCCACAGAUGUUUGGGCGCUUCCUGAGUGCUGGGCUUUGGGACAACCCGAUGUUUGGGCGCUUCCUGAGUGCUGGGCUUUGGGACAACCCGAUUGGGCCUCCCCACAGCCGUGCCUUCCCCCAUGUCCAGGUGCCCACCUGGCCCCUUCCCACCUGCUCCUGUGGGAAUUGGGGUCAGAGCUCACGCAUUUGGGGUCCUGGGUGCCUCUGGCCCGGCACCGGCAGUUGCCUGAUCCCUGCGGGCUGGGGUCCGAGGGUGGGGAGCGGGCCCGGCGCAGCCUCACAGCCCUGUGUCCCAGGGGAGUACAUCAAGACCUGGCGGCCCCGCUACUUCCUGCUCAAGAACGACGGCACCUUCAUCGGCUACAAGGAGCGGCCGCAGGACGUGGAGCAGCGCGAGUCGCCCCUCAACAACUUCUCCGUGGCACAAUGCCAGCUGAUGAAGACAGAGCGGCCCCGGCCCAACACCUUCAUCAUCCGAUGCCUGCAGUGGACCACGGUCAUCGAGCGCACGUUCCACACCUUCGCUGACCGCCGCAGGGAGGAGUGGACGACUGCCAUCCAGACGGUGGCCGAUGGGCUCAAGAGGCAGGAGGAGGAGAUGAUGGACUUCCGGUCGGGCUCGCCCAGCGACAACUCGGGGGCUGAGGAGAUGGAGGUGUCCCUGGCCAAACCCAAGCACCGCGUGACCAUGAACGAGUUUGAGUACCUGAAGCUGCUGGGCAAAGGCACGUUCGGGAAGGUGAUCCUGGUGAAGGAGAAGGCCACCGGCCGCUACUACGCCAUGAAGAUCCUCAAGAAGGAGGUCAUCGUGGCACCUGGCCCAGCCCCACAUCGGCCAUCCCCCAAGCGGGCCUGUGGGGGGGGUGGGCGUGGAUCCAGCCUGUGCCCCUUGCAGGCCCUGAAGUACUCCUUCCAGACGCACGACCGCCUCUGCUUCGUCAUGGAGUAUGCCAACGGCGGCGAGCUCUUCUUCCACCUGUCCCGGGAGCGGGUGUUCCCCGAGGACCGGGCCCGCUUCUACGGCGCCGAGAUCGUGUCGGCCCUGGACUACCUGCACUCGGAGAAGAACGUGGUCUACCGGGACCUCAAGCUGGAGAACCUGAUGCUGGACAAGGAUGGGCACAUCAAGAUCACGGACUUCGGGCUGUGCAAGGAGGGCAUCAAGGACGGGGCCACCAUGAAGACCUUCUGUGGGACCCCGGAGUACCUGGCGCCAGAGGUGGGCGGGGCUCCGUUCAGACAAAAAGGGAACAUUGACAUAAUGCUCGCACAGGAGACAUUUCAGCAUGAACAAAACUUGCGGGUUGGGAACGCUCAUGCAAAGCACACUUUUUGUUUCUCUGGAGUUCAGUUUCCCUGCUGUCCAUUUGCCUUGGAUCUCGGAGGGGGCUCCGAGGACGCCAAGGAGAUCAUGCAGCACCGCUUCUUCGCCAGCAUCGUGUGGCAGGACGUGUACGAGAAGAAGGUGACGCCCACCCGCUCAGUCACCCCGCGUCCACCGGCUCACACGCCCACACACCCACAGCCCCUGCUCGCCUGUGCACCCACACUCCUCACACCCCGUGCCCCCCCGGGGCGGGUGGCUGCACUCGUCCCCCGAUCGCUGUGCGGGGCCCGUGUUCCCCCCGGAGGAGCCGGUGCCUGUGCUCCUGCGAGGGGUGCCCUUCCCUGGGGCGCACGCUGAAGGUUGUCGUGGUGACUGGGAGACCCGCUGCUCCUUGGGCCUGGGGGAGGCAAGGCCCCCCACACGGGAACGCCACUCAACAGCCCAAGUGGGUCAAGGACCACGGGGAUGUCUGUCCCUCCAUCCUGAUUAUCAAGGGGGAGUCCCCAGCAGCUGGGCCGAGCAGGCCUGUCCCCUGCACACCUUUCCAGGUGCCCUGUCCCCUUCCCAGUUUAUAAGAAAACCAGGAAGGGAAGGAAGAAAGUUACGGAAA